AUGGUGUCAGCCAAGCCCCCAGUGAUUCUGCAGGAAGCCUGUGAAUAUGGCCCGAGUGCUCAGUCAAUUUUGCAAAGCUGUGAUGUUAGACAGGCACGUUGGCCCAGUCAGCUCCACUCCAGUCACAAAGAGGCAGACAUUCUUCAGACUCCAGGUGACUGCGAAGGGAUUAACUACGAGAGCUGCCACUGUUUGAUUCUGCCAUCAUUACUUAGAUCAUGCUUGUUUUCUCUUGCCGGUGUGGCACAUUACAACUUCAAGAAGAUUACGUUGGUGCUGUCAGCCAAGGACUUUAUUGACCUGGCAUUAUCCAAGACACAAUGAAAGACUCCAAUUGUUAUUCAUAAACAUUAUCAAAUUCAUCGAAUUCAACAUUUUUAUAUGAGAAAAGUCAAAUUUACUCAACAGAAUUACCAUGACAGACUGUCACAGAUUCUGUCCAAUUUCCCCAAAUUGGAUGAUAGCCAUCCAUUUUAUGCUGACUUGAUGAAUAUUCUCUAUUACAAGGAACACAACAAGUUGGCUCUAGGUCAAAUAAAUACUGCCAAAAACUUGGUGGACAAUGUUGCUAAAGAUUACAUGCGACUUAUGAAGUAUGGUGAUUCUCUCUACCGAUGCAAAAAGCUGAAAUGUGCUGCACUGGGACAAAUGUGUACAAUUAUCAAGAGGCAGAGGCAGAGUUUGGAGUACUUGGAACAAGUACGUCAACAUUUAUCCCUCUUACCAUCCAUUGAUCCAAAUACGAGGAGACUGCUUUUGUGUGGGUAUCCGAAUGUUGGGAAAUCCAGCUUCAUCAAUAAGGUGACAAGAGCAGAUGUGGAUGUUCAGCCCUAUGCAUUUACCACCAAGUCUCUGUUUGUCGGGCACAUGGAUUAUAAGUAUCUGCGCUGGCAGGCUGUAGAUACCCCAGGGAUUUUGGAUCAUCCUUUGGAGGAUCAGAACACCAUUGAGAUGCAGGCCAACACAGCCCGGGCCCACCUCCGAGCUAGAGUUCUGUAUGUGAUGGAUUUGUCUGAGCAGUGUGGACAUGGGUUGAAGGAGCAAUUAGAACUCUUCCAGAAUAUCAGACCUCUGUUUAUCAACAAGCUUCUUAUUGUUGUAGCAAACAAAUGUGAUGUGAAGAGAAUAGCUGAACUUUCUGAAGGAGAUCAGAAAAUAUUUCUAGACUUGCAGGCUGAAGGAUUUCCUGUCAUCGAGACCAGCACCUUGACUGAGGAAGGUGUCAUUCACGUUAAAACAGAGGCUUGUGAUAGGCUUUUUCAUCUAGUAGAAACGAAAAUGAAAGGAAAUGAAGUGAAUGAGGUUCUGAACAGAUUGCAUUUAGCUGUGCCCAACAAGAGAGAUGAAAAUGAGAGACCCCCUUUUAUCCCAGAGGGAGUGGUAGAUCGUCAGAAGAGAAUGGAGAUCUCAGAGCCCAAGAGGAAGAGGGAACAAGAUCUUGAGCUGGAAAUGGGAGAUGAUUAGAUUUUGGAUCUUCAGAAAUACUGGGACUUAAUCAAUUCAUCUGAGAAGUAUGAUAAGAUACCAGAGAUUUGGGAAGGCCACAAUGUUGCUGAUUAUAUCGAUCCUGCUAUCAUGAAGAAUUUAGAAGAGUUGGAAAAGGAAGAAGAGCUCAGAACAGCUGCAGGGGAGUAUGACAGUGACUCUGAGAGUGAAGACGAGGACAUAAUGGAAAUCCGACAGCUGGCGAAACAAAUUAGAGAAAAGAAGAAUUUGAAAAUUCUACAGUCCAAAGAGAAGAACACACAGGGACCUAGGAUGCCCCAGACUGCUAAGAAGGUUCAAUGGGCAGAUUUAGAGAAUGAGAUGCAUAGUCUUGGCGUGGACAUGGAUGAUAAAGACAAUGCCCACUAUGCAGUCCAGGCCAGAUCUCGGAGUGUCACCAGGAAAAGAAAACGAGAAGAGUCUGCUCCUUCCUCUUCCAUAGCCUGCAGUCGGAGUUGCUCUAAAACGCCACAUGAUGUUUCUGGUCUUCGGGAUGUCAAGACGGUGAAGAAAGCCAAGACGAUGAUGAAGAAAGCGCAGAAGAAGAUGAGUCGUUUGGGGAAGAAGGGGGAAGCAGAUAGACAUGUGUUUGAUAUGAAGCCCAAGCACCUACUCUCUGGGAAGAGGAAAGCUGGUAAGAAGGACAGGAGAUAAUGUCCUC